AUGACUGGCACGACGACCGCCAAGACAAACGCCAAGCGAGUGUUUUCCGAUAUAUCCACCGAGAGCCCUGAGACCAAUGGGGAGAAGGGGCGCCUCCGCAACCUCUUGGAGUUCGCGGAACCCCUAGACCCCGACGACAUUAGAGAUCGAAUUGCUCUCUUGGCGAUCACCCUCUUGAACGGCGCGUCCGUAGAGUAUGCGAUGGAUUUCCCCACAGAACAAAUUAGUCUGGAGGACCCCCUCACCACCGCGCGAACUCUCGUCUCCCCCAAGGACCGGCACCUCUUCGAGACUAUGCUGAGUGGGGAGGACCUCCCUCCCAUCGACUUGGACAACGAAAUGACCCUUGUCACAAAGACAGGGAAAUCGCUCCAGAAUCACGCCCAUGAGUUUACGAACGAGCACACCAAGUUCUGGCGCGACUGCCACCCCGAUUUGGUCCCUCUCUUGACUGCAUGCUCGCGCGUGGUCAAGCUGACUCUAGCGGGCAUGCCCAAGGACUCGACCCUCAGCCGGCAGGACUGGAUUGAGUACUGCGCACUGAAGACGGUCCUUGCUGCGUUUGCAGAUGCCCAACGCAAGAUCAAUGAGUCCACCUCGCGCAUGAAAAAGGAGAAUGUGGCGCUGUUGAGAAUCACCGGCCCCGAGAGGAAGGCUACGUGCGAAACCGGCAACUUCAAGGCUGAAACGCCACAUGCCCCGUAG